AGGAGGAACGCGGAGCUGGCGCUCCAAGGCCUGAGAGCAGCGCAGCGAGAACGCUCCGACUGUAGCCCCCUCCCCAGAGGCCGCGGGGCCGAGCUCGGCUGGCCCCGCCCCUUGGCGCCCGGCUGGGUGGGACCGCGGCUCCCCGCCCCCUUUCGGACACGCCCACCCAGUGUCUGGGCCGCGCGGGCCGCAACAGGCGGCGGCGGGCGAGCGCGAGGACCGCGCGCAGCGAAGGCCCGCGCGUGCGUGCAGAUUCGCUGGCGGCUCGCGCUCCGCCGGGCGGUCUGAGUCGCGCUGAGCCCCCGCUGCCGCCACCGCGGGGGGAAGCCUGCGAGCCGCUCGGCGUGGCCUUAGUCUGCGUAAGCCCUGCGCCCCCUCGACCCCUGGCCAGGCCAUGGCGGAACGCGGAGGGGCGGGCGGUGGUCCCGGUGGCGCCGGGGGCGGCAGCGGCCAGCGGGGCUCUGGGGUCGCCCAGUCUCCCCAGCAGCAGCCACCGCAGCAGCAACCGCUGCCGCAACAGCCAACGCCCCCCAAGCUGGCCCAGGCCACCUCGUCCUCUUCGUCCACCUCUGCUGCGGCCGCCUCUUCUUCGUCCUCCUCCACCUCCACCUCCAUGGCCGUCGCGGUGGCCUCGGGCUCUGCGCCUCCCGGCGGUCCAGGACCAGGCCGCACCCCCGCCCCGGUGCAGAUGAAUUUGUAUGCCACCUGGGAGGUGGACCGGAGCUCGUCCAGCUGUGUGCCCAGGCUGUUCAGCUUGACCCUGAAGAAACUUGUUAUGCUUAAAGAAAUGGACAAAGAUCUUAAUUCGGUAGUUAUUGCCGUGAAGCUGCAGGGUUCAAAAAGGAUUCUUCGCUCCAAUGAGAUCAUCCUUCCAGCAAGUGGCCUGGUAGAAACAGAGCUCCAGUUAACCUUCUCCCUUCAGUACCCUCAUUUCCUCAAGCGAGAUGCCAACAAACUGCAGAUUAUGUUGCAAAGGAGGAAGCGGUACAAGAAUCGGACUAUCUUGGGCUAUAAAACCUUGGCUGUGGGACUCAUCAACAUGGCAGAGGUGAUGCAACACCCUAACGAGGGUGCUUUGGUGCUUGGCCUGCACAGCAACGUGAAGGAUGUCUCUGUGCCUGUGGCAGAAAUAAAAAUCUACUCUUUAUCCAGCCAGCCCAUUGACCAUGAAGGAAUCAAGUCUAAACUGUCUGAUCGCUCCCCAGAUAUUGACAACUACUCCGAAGAAGAGGAAGAAAGCUUCUCCUCAGAACAGGAAGGCAGUGAUGACCCAUUGCAUGGGCAGGACCUGUUCUACGAAGAUGAGGAUCUUCGGAAAGUCAAGAAGACUCGGAGGAAACUGACCUCAACCUCAGCCAUCACUAGGCAACCUAACAUCAAACAGAAGUUUGUGGCCCUCCUAAAACGAUUCAAAGUCUCCGAUGAGGUAGGCUUUGGGCUAGAACACGUGUCACGGGAGCAGAUUCGGGAAGUGGAAGAAGAUCUGGACGAGCUCUACGACAGUCUAGAGAUGUACAACCCCAGUGACAGUGGGCCUGAAAUGGAGGAAACAGAGAGCAUCCUCAGCACCCCAAAGCCCAAGCUCAAGCCCUUCUUUGAGGGGAUGUCGCAGUCCAGCUCACAGACGGAGAUUGGCAGCCUCAACAGCAAGGGCAGCCUCGGAAAAGACACCACCAGCCCUGUGAGCAGACUCAUGAUGGAAUUGGCUGCUCUAGAAAAAGUCAAAUCUACUUGGAUUAAAAAUCAAGAUGACAGCUUGACUGAAACAGAUACUCUGGAAAUCACUGAUCAGGACAUGUUUGGAGAUGUGAGCACAAGUCUAAUUGUACCAGAAAAAGUCAAAACUCCUAUGAAGUCCAGCAAAACAGAUCUGCAGGGCUCUGCCUCCCCCAGGUACUCCAGAGAGGAAGGAAGCAGCAAGGUGGAAGGGACACACACCCCCCGGCAGAAGAGGAGCACGCCCCUGAAGGAGCGGCAGCUCUCCAAGCCCCUGAGUGAGAGGACCAACAGCUCUGACAGUGAGCGGUCUCCUGACCUGGGCCACAGCACACAGAUUCCAAGAAAGGUGGUAUAUGACCAACUGAAUCAGAUCCUGGUAUCCGAUGCAGCCCUCCCAGAAAAUGUCAUCCUGGUGAACACCACAGACUGGCAGGGCCAGUAUGUGGCUGAACUGCUCCAAGACCAGAGGAAGCCUGUUGUAUGCACCUGCUCAAUAGUGGAGGUCCAGGCCGUGUUGUCUGCCCUGCUCACUAGGAUUCAGCGCUACUGCAACUGUAACUCAUCCAUGCCGAGGCCGGUCAAGGUGGCAGCUGUGGGCAGCCAGAGUUAUCUGAGCUCCAUUCUCCGGUUCUUUGUCAAGUCCCUUGCCAGCAAAACGCCGGACUGGCUGGGUUACAUGCGCUUCCUCAUCAUUCCCCUAGGUUCUCAUCCAGUGGCCAAAUACUUGGGCUCAGUAGAUAGUAGAUAUAGCAGCACCUUCCUUGAUUCUGCCUGGAGAGACCUGUUCAGUCGCUCAGAGCCCCCAGUGUCAGAGCCACUGGAUGUGGUGGGUCGUGUGAUGCAGUAUGUCAAUGGAGCAGCCACAACGCACCAGCUGCCUGUGGCCGAAGCCAUGUUAACCUGCAGGCAUAAGUUCCCUGACGAAGACUCCUAUCAGAAGUUUAUUCCCUUCAUUGGUGUUGUGAAAGUGGGGCUUGUUGAAGACUCGCCGUCCACUGCAGGCGAUGGAGACGACUCACCUGUGGUCAGCCUUACUGUGCCCUCCACAUCACCACCCUCAAGCUCAGGCCUGAGCCGAGAUGCCACAGCAACCCCUCCCUCAUCCCCAUCCAUGAGCAGUGCCCUCGCUAUUGUGGGGAGCCCAAAUAGCCCAUAUGGGGAUGUGAUUGGCCUUCAGGUGGACUACUGGCUGGGCCACCCCGGGGAACGCAGGCGAGAAGGUGACAAGAGGGAUGCCAGCUCAAAGAAUACUCUUAAGAGUGUCUUCCGCUCGGUGCAGGUUUCUCGCCUGCCACAUGCAGGAGAAGCCCAACUUUCUGGCACCAUGGCAAUGACUGUUGUCACCAAAGAGAAGAACAAGAAAGUGCCCACUAUCUUCCUGAGCAAGAAGCCCCGGGAAAAGGAGGUGGAUUCUAAGAGCCAGGUCAUCGAGGGCAUCAGCCGCCUCAUCUGCUCUGCAAAGCAGCAGCAGACCAUGCUGAGAGUGUCCAUCGAUGGAGUGGAGUGGAGUGACAUCAAGUUCUUCCAGCUGGCUGCCCAGUGGCCCACUCAUGUCAAGCACUUUCCAGUGGGCCUCUUCAGUGGCAGCAAGACCACCUGAGACCCUGCCUCCCAACCACUCCCUCCUGGCACUGCCACCCAGCCUCACUACCUGCAGGCAGGGAAAGGCGAGCAAGCCCCGGCCCAGCCUCCCUUUCCCAGCACUGGGGCCUGCCUCUAUAUGCCCGGUCCUGACGGACACUGCCACUGGGGAUGCAGCCCUCCCCUCUCACUGCCCAGCCCUUCUCUGGACUACCCUCCUCCAUCCUGUUCUAGGCCCAGAGCUGGGUGGUUCUGCCUUCUGGUGCCCAUAAUCCCUAUAAUUGGAUAAUCUGAACCGUCCUUCCCAUCACUCACCCCUGCAGCACCAGUUCCCUUUCUGGAGCACUGGUACACAGGGAGACAGCCCAGCACUUUACCAUAGCCUGGCCACCAGGCUCUCAAUUUCCAAGGCUCUUCUGUUAGUUGCUACACACCCUGCCUUCCCCUACAUGAUAACUGUUACAGGGCUGGGGCCUCCUACCAUUCCUGCGACCUCACCUGCACCACAGUUUCCCAGUAGAGUCGGGGGGACAUCUAAGCAUCCUGACGUUUCUGGGAUGGAGGGGCCUUCCCAGUUCUCUUCCCAUGCACGAUUUCCUGUCACCUCAAGUCCAUGUGGGUGUCUUGUGUCCUGAGUGGUGUCUGGUUUUAUUUCUUUUUGUUUUUUUGGGUUUUUUUUUUCUGGUUGGGUAACUUGUCCUGUGCACAGGUCCUGUCCUUGAGGCUCCUUCCUUCCUCUGCCUCCCAUCCUCCCACCUAAGAUAACUGGUUUCAUGAGGUAGGAGGCAGCAAGCCCUGCUCCCCAACAUACAUUGUCUGUGACUCGUAUCCAGCCAUAUGUCUCCCUUUCCUGUGUCAGCUUGCCUCCCCUUCACUGCUCUGUCUCCUUACUUCCUCCGUGGCAGGGCAGCGGAAAGAAGCCCAUUUCCACCAGGUCUUCCCCGGCAGCUGCCUUCCCUCUCUGCCAUGGAUGGGUCCCAGACCUACCUCAGCCUCCUUAUCAGUGUCUUGAGGAGAGGCUGAGAAGGGACAGAGCCAGCUCAGCCUCCAUGCCCCGGCACCUCUGGAGCUUCUCUGUUGCCCUUUGGCUGCUUCUUAGCAGUGUGGCACGAAACUGCACUUGGGACAUGUUUUCUCCUUCUCCACAGCCUAGAUUCUUCACGUCCUUCUCCACUGCCCAGCCCUACUGUCCAGAGUGUCUCCUGGCUGGGCCUGAGAAUAAGUGGGGUGGGAAGACUGGGGCCAUGUUGGGUUUUUUCAUUCAAUAAACUGGUGAUUUCUUA